GCUCGAGUACUAUUCCCAGGUUAAAAAAUACUAGGUUUAAACCCGUAGAAGCGAGUAGAAUAGUCGCUGAGACCAGAACUGGGAAUAGUAUCCACGCGCGAACUAUGUUUUAUCGCCUUUGUUUGUUUUUGCAGUUUUGAAAAGGUGGGAUUUGAAAAGUCUGGAAGUUUUCCUUGUUGGAAAGGAGACAUAAUGGGUAAACUGAUACUUAUUGCGCUGGUGCUUGCUGUCUGGCCAUCAGACGUGCUCUCCGUCCAGGUGUCGGUCCCCGAGACUCGCCGUGUUGCCACCCUGUUCGCCUCAGUUGUGCUUCGCUGUGACUACACCACGUCUGCCAACCAACAGGAUGUCAUCGUCUCCUGGACUUAUAAGUCGUUCUGCAAGGACCCAGUUCUGGAGUACUACACUGCAGCGUACCAGGCGGCACUGUCCAUUGGCCAGAACCCAGCUGACGACUGCCCGGACAGCCAGCGUACCAUCCGCACCGUGGCCCAGAAGCGAGGCACCAAUGAGGCCAUACUGGGAACGGAAUACCAGCAGAGGAAAAUCACAAUCCAGAACAAGGCAGAUCUGGCCAUCACGGAAGUCAUGUGGUGGGAUAAUGGGAUGUACUACUGCUCCGUUGUUGCCCCGGGAGACCCCAUUGGAGGCCUGGAUGGAAGGAUUAGUCUCAUUGUACUUCAGUGGCUGGUUGUGCUACUCAUCAUACUGGGCGGGCUACUCCUCAUCAUCCUGAUCAGCAUUUGCUGGUGUCAGUGCUGCCCCCAGCAUUGCUGUUGCUACGUACGCUGCCCCUGCUGUCCUCAGUCCUGCUGCUGCCCGGAAAAGGCUGUGAUGCAGCACAAAAUGAUGAAGGAUGCCCAGAAAGCCAUGGCUCCUUGGGUCCACGGGCAGCCCAUCUACGCCCCCAUAUCCCACGCCUCGUCCAUGCAUAUGCAUCCCCUGCUCUACUCUGAUCCCUCGAAACAGGGCCUCCAAAUGGGCACCCUGCCCCUGCCCCCACCGCCAGGGGCCCUGCUCGCGGCCCACAGCAACGGGAGCCUGCGCGGCACCAACCAGACCCUGGAUUAUUUGGAGAACCAGGUGCGCAACAUGGACGUGAACAGCACGCUAAUGUCGCAGCCCUCCCGCGUCUCCCUCCAGCAGAUGCCCCCCCCGGCCCAGCACAUGGGCCAGGCCGUGCCGUACGUGCCCGGGCCUCCCAGCAUGCUGUCCUCCCUAAACGAGAUGGGGAUGCAGGGCAUGGAACGCAGAGUCAUCCAGCUGCCCCCCAUCGUAGAGAGGCCCGCAUCCCGGCAUUCCGGCUACCGCCCGAGCAGCCGCAACACCACGGGCACCAACCGCAGCAGCCAUUACCGCAACAGCCUGCCCCCGCAGUCCCGGCGGGAGGCCUCGCCCACGCGCCGCGGGCCCCCACGCAGCUACAGCGACGACUCCGAUGUGGAAGAGCGGCGUCGGACCUCCCGGUCCCGGCAGUCGCGCUCUCGGAGCCGUGACGACCUGAUGGACGAGAUGCGGCGAACGCAGCACCGCCAUGACCGCAGCUACUCGCCCGAAGAGCAGCGCAGGGGCUCCUGGUCCUCCGAGGAGGACUACAGCAGCCGGAAGGGGGGCACGCGCAGCCGUGGGGGGGGGACCUGGCCGGAGAAGCCCCCCAGCUAUACCUCCAUAGACAUCGCUCAGGGACGCAAGUCUAACGGAACGGCCCGCAACAACGAGCGAUGCUCCGAGAAGAGUUCGCGCAGUGCCAAAAGCAUCGUGAUAUGACCGCCCAACCCUUUCCAUCCCUCCUACUUUGUUUAACCGUGUAGUAAUUAUGUGAAAAGACAAGAAGAAGGAGUGUCGGAAGAAUUACGCAAAAACUUUUAUUUUUAAUUUUUGUAUGGACAGAAGAAAUCAUCCAUUCAAUAUUGGACUCUUUUUAUUAUUAUUUACUUGAGAAGCUCAAGGAUUUAAGGAGGCCUGGGAGAAUUUAUUGCCUUCCACUAUGUUCUUCAUGUUUUUCUUAAAGUGUGGAAACCAAGAUCUUCCUUAAAGCGUGAGGAUGGCAGCUGGACCUUAAUUGCCUUAGGUAAUAAAUAUUUAAACUGCGUGUGCCCAAGCACUGACGCCUCGCCUGCCUGUGAAAUGACCUGCCUCGUGCCUGACACUGUUUGGCAGCUCGUUGAGCGUGUGUGCCUAAUGCGUCACGUCUCCAUCACACCCUGAGUGUUUGCGGCAUGUGCGGAAAGGAAUGGGGGGGGAGCGGAGAUGUCAGGAAGGAGCCCGAGGUUGGUUCUCUGGCAUGAUGCAUAUAUUCAGCCCAGAAAACGCCCCCUUUAAAGGAAUAGAAAUAUUACAUCCAUCCAUCAGUGGAAAAGGGAUGUUUUUAAUAUUUUUAAUGUUAAUCAUUUAUUUCCUUUUCUAUGUUACAAAGAAAUAUGAAAGUUAUGUUUUCAUGAGGAAUAAGGUACUAUGAAUGUAAAUAUCUGCAUGGUUUGUAAUGACUCACUGGGGUGUGUUGGGGGGUUUAUUAAGAACAGCCAACUAAAAAAAGACUAAUGUUUAUCCAGUACUCAUCAAACAGGCUCAUCUUCCUGAUUCAAAUUGAUUUAUUUAUAUGAAUAGAUACACACACUGUGUUGCUACAGUUCGAUAUUUAGUAGUAAAGCAUGUUUUACAUCUGUCUGUCUCUGCCACAAAGGAUCUGUAAAUUAUGCUGUAACACAAUUUAUAUAUAAUUUGUAUAAAAUAUAAGCAUUUAUUUUAACACCUUUUCCCUUCAUGUAUUACUUUGAAAAUACUGAAUAAUUUCAUAUACUUAAAAUAAAAUUGUAGAAAUGGUA